AGGCACUUCUUCACUCUCGUCCCAUUUCGUGUUUUCUCAACAUUAUAACUAAGCCUGCUUUGCUGCUUCGUGCUCUUCGCCCCUUCUCCCCUUCGCUUCUUCUCUUCUAAACCUACCUUUGAUCGCAUCGCCCAAUCUUCGACCCACAGGCGUGCUAGUUCGAUACUUUCUGAUUCACCGACAAUGGCUUCCGCAAUGCUUUCUAUAACUUCGCCCUCAACCUCCGCCUCACUCUCGAUGCAUGACUCUCACAAGGGAAAGCCGAACUUUGGAGGUAGUGGUCUGAGAUUUAGCAAGGAAAAAGGCAACCCUUUCUCAUCUGCCAAGUCUUCUGGCCGGAUAUCGAUGACUGUUGCCGUUAACGUUUCUCGAUUUGAGGGUAUUCCAAUGGCUCCCCCUGAUCCAAUUCUUGGAGUUUCUGAAGCAUUUAGAGCAGACACGAACGAAGUCAAACUCAAUCUCGGAGUUGGGGCCUACAGAACUGAAGAUCUACAGCCUUACGUGCUUAAUGUUGUCAAGAGGGCAGAGAAACUUAUGCUGGAACGAGGAGAAAACAAAGAGUACCUUCCCAUUGAGGGUUUGGCUGCAUUUAAUAAGGCAACUGCAGAGCUAUUACUUGGAGCGGACAACCCUGUGAUCAAACAACAAAGAGUUGCAACUGUCCAAGGUCUUUCUGGAACUGGUUCUCUGCGAUUAGCUGCAGCUCUGAUAGAAAGAUACUUUCCUGGAGCAAAAGUUCUGAUAUCAUCUCCAACGUGGGGUAAUCACAAGAAUAUUUUCAAUGAUGCUAGAGUUCCAUGGUCUGAGUAUAGAUAUUACGAUCCUAGGACAGUUGGUUUGGAUUUUGAGGGGAUGAUAGCAGAUAUUGAGGCAGCUCCUGAAGGAUCUUUUGUCUUACUUCAUGGAUGUGCUCAUAACCCUACUGGUAUUGACCCAACACCUGAACAGUGGGAAAAAAUAGCUGAUGUUAUUCAGCAAAAGAACCACAUUCCAUUUUUUGACGUAGCCUACCAGGGGUUUGCUAGUGGAAGCCUUGAUGAAGAUGCAGCAUCAGUGAGAUUGUUUGUAGCACGUGGCAUGGAAGUUCUGGUUGCUCAGUCAUACAGUAAGAAUCUGGGUCUUUAUGCUGAAAGGAUUGGAGCAAUAAACCUCAUUUCCUCAUCACCAGAAGCUGCAGCAAGGGUAAAAAGUCAACUGAAAAGGCUUGCCCGACCAAUGUACUCUAAUCCCCCUGUUCAUGGAGCUAGGAUUGUCGCCAAUGUUGUUGGAGACCCAGCUCUCUUCAAUGAAUGGAAAGCAGAGAUGGAAAUGAUGGCUGGAAGGAUCAAGAAUGUAAGACAAAAUCUAUUUGAUAGCAUUUCUUCGAAGGACAAGAGUGGAAAGGAUUGGUCAUUUAUCCUUAAGCAAAUAGGCAUGUUCUCGUACACAGGCUUGGACAAAAACCAGAGUGAGAAUAUGACAAAUAAGUGGCACGUAUACAUGACAAAGGAUGGGAGGAUUUCCCUGGCGGGUUUGUCUUUGGCCAAAUGUGACUACCUUGCAGAUGCUAUUAUUGAUUCCUUCCACAAUGUCAGCUGAAACUCGGUGAAAUUUGCCGUAGAGCCUCACUUUAUUUUUUUCCCUCCCUUUGGCGAGUAAUAACAUGCUGCCAUGUGUUUAGACAUACAUGAAAAUAAUACAAUUGUGUUGCCAUGAUCGGCGUACAUUGGUGUACCUGAAAGUUCCAUUAGAAAUUUUGUAACCUCAAACCUGAAGCGAGUUGAAUCAAAAGUAUUUAUGCAUGAUGAUCAA